AUGAAGUCUGUGCUCGCCCAGGACGCCUACCUGCAGGGCCUGGCGCGGAAGAGCUGCGCCCCGCCUGCCCCCGAGCCGCGCACCCGCCCGCGGGCUGGGAAAACGCGGGACUCCGAAGCAGCUGGGUCCCCAAAAAAGAAGAGGAAGAAAAGGCAGAAGCCUCCCAGUGAGCAGACAGCGAGGGCCUUGGAGCACAAGGCCCCGCCCCUGGGAAAAACGCCUCCAGCCCCUUCUGGGGCCAAGAAGCCAAAGUGGGCUGACAAGGAGGGGGCCACCGGACCCACCAGGACCUCAGCAGGACACCCGGCCACAGAGCCCGAGUCCCUCUUUGCCCUGGAUGUUCUGCGGCAGCGGCUGCGGGAAAAGAUACAGGAGGCCCGAGGCCAGGGCCCCAAGGAGCUGUCCCCAGCUGCUCUGCAGAAGAGGCGCCGGAGGAAGCAGGAGCGUGAGCGGAAGAAGAGGAAGCGCCAGGAGCUGCGAGCCCAGGAGAAGGCAGCCGGGGCUGGGAAGGGCGAGACAACCGCGGAGCCAGCCCUGGACCCGGAGCCCCCGGAGCCCGCAGGGCUGAUCUUCAACAAGGUGGAGGUGGGCGAGGAAGAGCUGGCCUCCAGCAAGGCGCAGCGGCGGAAGGAGAAGCGGCAGCAGGUGAAGGGCCACCUCACGCCCCUGACGGGCAGAAACUACCGGCAGCUGCUGGAGCGGCUGCAGGCGAGGCAGGCGAAGGUGGAGGAGCUGCGGGAGCAGGACGUGGGGCGGGCGCGGGAGCUGGAGGCCAAGAUGCAGUGGACCAAUCUGCUGUACAAGGCAGAAGGGGUGAAGAUCCGCGACAGCGAGCCACGGCUGCAGGACCUCAAGCGCAAGGAGAAGCGGCGAGCGUAGCGGGCGCGCAAGUGGGAGAAGCGCACGUCGCACGUCAUUGAGAAGAUGCAGCAGCGGCAGGACAAGCGGCGGCAGCACCUGCGCAGGCAGAAGGCGGCCAAGGCCGAGCGGCGCAUGGAAAAGGCCCGCAAGAAGGGCCGGAUCCUGCCCCAGGACCUGGAACGGGCCGGCCUGGCCUGAGGGGACAGUUGACCCGAGGCCCAGCCCCCUGUCCACCCAGAUCCUCUGUCCACCCAGGUCCUCCAUCCUCUGACGCUCCAGGAGACCCUAGGCCAGUGCCCACCAUCCAUUGGGUUGGCUAAGAAUGGACUCUGGUGCUUGCCCCGAAGGGGCAUGAGAGUGGAGAAACCCCCGACGGAAGUCUGGUCAACACCCGCCUGGAGCUCCGGGUGCGGGCAGGAGCCAGGCCAGCUCCAGGAUGCCCUUGAAGGCCCCG